AUGGAAGCUACCACAUUCGCUAUGCAGGCAAACAUUCCGUUCAACUUCACCCAGAGCAUAGCCUCAUGCAGCGCACCCGUCACGUUUCGCCCCUACCGCGUUGAUCCCCCGGUGGCGAGACAAGUUGACGCGAUCCUUGACCAAUAUCUUGCAGCAGGUUUGAUCCAACAUUCGACCUCGCCUUACUCGAGCCCUUUGGUAUUCAUACCGAAGAAAUCUGGUGGUGUUCGCAUCACCGUCAAUUAUCGCAAGCUCAAUAAGCUUUGUGCUUUGAGUCAGCUUCCGAUUCCUCGAGUCGAUGAUACUUUGGACAAGUUGUUGAAAGGGCGAAUUUAUUCCCUUUUCGAAAUGAAAUUUUCGUUCCACCAAAUCACGGUGCACCGCGAUACCAUCCCUUUGACGGCAUUCGUGACGUCGUCGGGGCUUUUCGAGUGGUUGAAGCUGCCUCAAGGCAGUUCGGCUGCCCCUGGGUGGUUUGCAAAGUUGUCAACGAAGUCAUCAAUAAUAAGGCGGUGUUACAUCUUGGAUGAUUUGAUCGUCUUUGAUGACACCCCUGCUACUCACGUUGGUACCAUGCGCGCACUCUUUGAACGCUUGCGUACGCACAACUUGGAACUCACGCCUCCGAAAGCUACUAUUGGCGUUACUGAAGCAGACUUCCUCGGACACACCAUCUCCCCUGACGGCGUUAGGCCUAACGGUGCCAAGGUUUCGGCCCUCACCAAAAUGUCUAUGCCUAAGGAUGUCAUGCAACUACGUUCCCUUCUCGGUGGUCUCAGCUACUACCGUAAGUUCCUCCCCAACAUGGCUAAUCGCAUUCGACCUCUGACUACUCUACUCAAGAAGCAAGAGAAGUUUAUCUUCACCCCUUCCAUGGAGCAAGCCGUUCGCGUUUUAUCAGCUGAGUUGGCCAAUCCUCCUGUUUUGGUUUAUCCAAAUUAGGAUGCCGUUUCAGACGGCUCGCGACCUUUUCAUCUUUACUGUGAUGCUAGUCGCGAUGAAUUUGGUGGGACUCUCGAACAAGAACAGCCAGAUGGUUCCAUUCGCC